AUGCUCGGCCUUUCUGCUAAAGCGUUAUUUCUGGCAGCUGGUUUUCUGCCACAGCUUGCCCAGUCUGCUGGACUUGACACCGCAGCUGUUGCUCUCGGAAAGCUUUACUUUGGAACUGCGACAGAUAAUCCAGAGUUGACCGACACAGCCUACGUAACGCAGCUGAACAACACGGACGACUUUGGUCAGAUCACACCCGGGAACUCUCAAAAGUGGGAUGCUACCGAACCAACACAAAAUACCUUCACAUUCACCAAUGGCGACGUGAUCACCAAUUUGGCAGAGGCUAAUGGCCAAAAGCUACGAUGUCACAAUCUCGUGUGGUAUAACCAACUCCCAAGCUGGGUGACCAGUGGUACCUGGACCAACGCCACUCUCCUAGCCGCCAUGAAGAACCACAUCACCAACGUCGUGACCCACUACAAGGGCCAAUGCUACGCGUGGGAUGUGGUGAACGAAGGUCUCGCCGACGACGGAACAUACCGCGACAACAUCUUCUACCAAUACAUCGGCGAAGCUUACAUCCCAAUUGCCUUCGCGACAGCCGCGGCCGCCGACCCAAAUGUCAAGCUGUACUACAAUGACUAUAACAUCGAAUAUGCAGGCGCGAAAGCAACCUCUGCACAGAACAUCGUGAAACUGAUCCAGUCCUACGGAGCCAAGAUCGACGGAGUAGGUCUCCAAGGACACUUCAUCGUCGGAAGUACACCAAGCCAGAGCUCGCAAGCAAGCAACAUGGCUACAUUUGCAGCUCUGGGCGUUGAAGUCGCCAUUACAGAGCUGGAUAUUCGCAUGACUCUCCCUUCUACGGAUGCUCUGCUUGCUCAGCAGAAGACAGAUUACGCGGGUACUGUUGCUGCAUGUGCGCAGACAAAGGCCUGCGUAGGAGUUACAAUUUGGGAUUGGACGGAUAAGUACUCGUGGGUUCCGAGUACAUUCUCUGGACAGGGUGCGGCAUGUCCGUGGGAUGCGAAUCUGGUAAAGAAGCCAGCUUAUACGGGUAUCUUGACUGCGUUGGGAGGAACUGCCACAAGCACAUCUACGGCGAGUGGUUCAACGACGACUACCUCUACCGCUACCUCAACUGGCUCUUCAAGUGGUGCUCAGCGUUAUGGUCAAUGUGGAGGAAGUGGCUGGACAGGGGCAACCACUUGUGUUAGUGGAUACACUUGCACCUACUUCAAUGAUUGGUAUUCGCAGUGUCUUUGA